CUGAAAUGUGGUUGUUUCUGAGAAAUAUGGCUCAUCUCCUCACUUAUAAGUUGCCGUUGCCCAUUGAGCUUCAUUUAUAAAACCAGCAAUUUUCACUGACCUCCAUUCGAGUCAAUCUUAUUACAAGUUAGCUCCAUUUCGGCAUACCUCGAAAAAAAACACUUUUAGAAUAUCAAUCCAGCCGCAAACAUGAAGUCACACACCAUCAUUGGUCUCAUUUGCUUCUUGCAAGCUAUUCAUAUUUGCGACUCCCGCUGGACCAACCGUGUAGCCACCCGGGAACUCUCCACACGUGCACCAUCAUACACACCACUAUGGAUCAAGUGCCAGGCGCGUGGUCGAAAAGUUUACGAUAUCUUGCAAGCUGCUAGAACGGAUCCUGGUCGCACCACGGUAGCCACAGAUAAACAGGGUGGAGAUGGACUCAUGGCUGCUUAUGAUAUCGUCACCUCUCCAGAUACAUUAACUGUCCCGGUCUCCCUGAUGGACGAAUUUGAUGCAAUCGGCUAUUCUCCUUUCAACUAUAGGAAGGUACAGGUGAAGAUCAAGAACUCCCGCCAAGAUCCAAUGUUCGACAACCUGUUCAACGCUCGGGAAGGGGUCAUAUUCGCAAUUGAUAAUCAAGGUUGGAGGGGAGGCGACCAAAGACAAUUGAAAUGGUCGGAAGCAGCAUUCCAAAGCUAUAGUCAAAUGGCGAGGGAUCAAGGCAUGCCUCUAGAUCGAUUAGGACGGAUUUACCGAUACAACGUUGCGAACGACGAGGCUGUUCCCAUUGUUGAAGAAGCAUAUGACAUAAGAGGAUCAAACUUGUAUGGGGGAUACUGGGAGAAAUGGACAUAUGCAGAGAAUCCAGAAGCUUUCCUUGCACUGUUGGGAACUGAAAACGGUGCAGGAGUUGGGUAUCUUCUCAGUGAUCAUGCUGCUGCCUUCGGCAAGAUGAACGUGGAAGCGAUAUAUACCAUGUACAAGGGUGAGUGGCUUCAGAUAUACUUCAAAGUCUUCUGA